CUACUUUUAUCAACACCCAAACAUUUCUUGCCCAUCAAAGCUCUUCACAAGUUCCGUGCCUAUCUGGCUCUCUCCAAUCCAAGCUCUAUACCAAGAAUGAUUCAUCGGUACCCUACGGUUUUCGAACUCUUCACCAUCCAAACACCACCCGUCCCGUUGCUCUGUGUUAGGCUGACCCGGGCAGCGGCAGCUCUUGCGGUUAAAGAAUCAGAAUUGAAAUCGAAUAUGGCAGUUAUCUCAGCUGCAAAGCUGCAGAAGCUCUUGAUGCUCUCAUCCCAUCGCAGGCUUUUGUUAUCCAAGCUGGGGCACUUGGGCCCUGAUCUUGGAUUGCCAGUCGAUUUCCGUUCUCGCCUGUGCAAUCAAUUCCCGGAUAGAUUCAGACUUGUGGAGACUUCCUACGGGGUGGCUCUGGAGCUUGUUUCUUGGGAUUCGAAUUUGGCCCGUUCUUUGCCCUCGCACGAGGUUGGUUCUGAUUCACUUGGGAUGAUCGUGGACAGACCUUUGAAAUUCGAACACUUGAGGCUGAGAAAGGGGCUGAAUGUGAAGAGUGGCCAUAAAGAUUACCUUAUCAAGUUCAGCAAACUGCCACAUGUGUGCCCUUAUGAAUCAUCAAAUGUGGGGGACUUGGAUUUUCGUUGCGAGUCUGUUGAAGCGGAGAAAAGGGCUUGUGCUGUUGUCAGGGAAGUGUUGGCCAUGACAGUGGAGAAGAGGGCUCCGAUCGACCACUUGACGCUGUUCAGGAAGGACUUUGGGCUGCCGAAUAAACUGAGGGCAAUGCUGGUUAGGCACCCUGAGCUGUUCUAUGUGAGUUUGAAGGGGCUGAGGCACUCUGUGUUUCUGGUUGAAGGUUAUGAUGAUGCUGGUGAGCUCAAGGAGAAGGAUGAGCUACUGGCUAUCAAUGAUAAGCUUAUGGAGCUGGUUCGCGAAGGGGAGGCAUUUGCUAAAGGAAACACGAAUUUCUGGGAUUCAUUUGAGGAAAUCGAUGAUGAGCUCGAUGUCUGUUAUGAUGGCUUAGACGAUUUAUUCGAUCCUGGCUGGGUUUGAAGACUUUCAUUAUGGGUAUGGCGCAAAUGAUUCUGGGAGCAACUUGAAGGAAUUGCAGUCUUUCAACUACUGGAGAAAAAUGUUUACUUUCACAAUGAGCUCCCGUUCCAUAAACCUUAAACAAAACUACUUUUCGAGAUGCUAUGCAUAAAUCAAAUUCACCCAUCAGG